UCGCCGAAAUUGUCGUAAACAACUCCGCCCACCAAAAUCUAACUUGAUUUCAGAGCUCGGUUUAAAUACCUUACGUACAUUGUUUUUGUUGCUGAUGAGGACAACUAGUCUGCGAAGAAAAAAAACCAACAACUUAAAAAGCGGAAUCGUUUCGGAGUUGGAAUCUUGAGAAUCUGAAGAUGCCGCUAUGGACUCAGGCGGGCGGCUUGCGACCGCUUGUGACGCUCUGCGCCAAUUGAUUCAGUGACAGAUGUCCCCUGCGUGCUAGGAGGACACCACCAAAGCUAAUGGAGGUCGACGACGAUGACGUGCCACUCAUCCUCACCUGGGACGAUGCAAACAGCGGUUUACUCAACGAGGACCAAGAGCGGGGAGACGAGAAUGGCAGUGCGGGAAACUAUGGCAUAGUUAGCAAUAGUGCUGUGGUGUCAACACCAGGGCCUCAAACUCACAGAGCACACAAUACGUCUUUACGGCAAAGCUGGGAGAUGAACUACCAGGAGGCGGCCAUCUACUUGCAGGAGGGAGAGAACAACGACAAGUUCUUCACCCACCCUCGAAACCCCAAGGCGCUGGCGGCGUACCUCUUUGCCCACAAUCACCUCUUCUACAUGAUGGAGCUGUUCACGGGCCUCCUGCUCAUGACCUUGUCGCUGUGCGAAGCUCCCGCGGUGCCCUCGCUGCGCCUGGACGUUUACGUUCACGCCACCCUGGAGCUGCUCGGCCUGGUUAUCGUGGCGUUUGAACUGUGCAUGAAGCUCCGCUGGCUGGGCUUCCACACCUUCAUACGACACAAGAGGACCAUGGUGAAGGCGUGUGUGUUGCUGCUGCAGUUUGUGGAGGCCAUCGUGGUUCUGGUCCGACAGACGUCGCACAUGCGAGUGACCCGAGCCCUCAGGCCGAUAUUCCUGGUGGACUGUAGAUACUGCGGUGCUGUCCGCAGAAAUUUGCGGCAGAUCUUCCAGUCACUCCCGCCAUUCAUUGACAUCCUCCUACUUCUGCUCUUCUUCAUGGUCAUAUUUGCUAUCUUGGGUUUCUGCCUCUUCUCUACGAACACAUCAGACCCGUACUUCAACACUCUGGAGAACAGCAUGGUCAGUCUCUUUGUACUGCUGACCACCGCAAAUUUCCCUGAUGUGAUGAUGCCAGCGUACUCCAAGAAUCACUGGUCCUGUGUGUUCUUCAUCGUGUACCUCUCCAUUGAGCUGUACUUCAUCAUGAACCUGCUGCUGGCAGUGGUGUUUGACACGUUCAAUGACGUGGAGAAGAUGAAGUUCAAGUCUCUGUUGCUUCACAAGCGCUCCGCUGUUGAUCAUGCCUUCCAGCUGCUGGUCAGCCGCCAGAGGCCGACGGGUGUCUCACUGAAACAGUUUGAUGGCCUGAUGCGUUUUUACAGACCGAGAUUGUCUGCGAGAGACCGCUUCCUCACCUAUAAAGCUCUUAACACCUCUGACGCUCCCAUGCUCAGUCUGCAGGACUUGUAUAAAUUCUACGAGGUGACGGGCCUUAAAUGGAAGGCACGGCGUAGUGGGGAGCACUGGUUCGAUGACCUCCCGCACACAGCCUACAUUAUUUUAAAAGGCAUCAACCUGCUGGUGAAGUCGAAGGCCUUCCAGUACACCAUGUGUAAGUCUUUUUAUGUGAAUUCAGUUUAUGUCGUACACGCGUGGACCAAAACCUUCUCCCGACACGCAACAGAUGCGGUUGUAGCCAUCAACGGUGUGUGGAUCCUCGUGGAGACGUACACUCUUAACAGUGGCUUUUCCUGGUCUCGAUUGGUGCCGUGGAGUUACAUUGUCUUCCUUACCAUUUACGGUGUGGAGGUGCUUUUGAAGCUGUCAGGUUUGGGACCGUUGGCUUAUUUCAGCUCCGGAUGGAAUCUGUUUGACUUCUCAGUCACCGUGUUCGCCUUCCUGGGUCUGAUUGCACUCGCCUUCGAUAUGGAGCCUUUCUACUUUAUCGUUGUGCUACGACCACUUCAGCUGCUCCGGUUGUUUAAGAUCAAGAAGCGGUAUCGCAACGUGUUGGACACGAUGUUUGAGCUCUUCCCCAGGAUGGCCAGUCUGGGUUUGACUUUGAUCAUCUUCUACUACUCCUUUGCCAUUGUGGGCAUGGAGCUCUUCGCUGAUGUCAUUUACCCCAACUGCUGCAACGCCAGCACAGUGGCCGACUCCUACAAGCAGAUCAACGUCACGCAUGGCAACAAAACCGUGUUGGAAGAAGGCUACUAUUAUCUCAACAACUUCAACAACAUUCUCAGCAGCUUCGUGACUCUCUUUGAGCUAACUGUGGUCAACAACUGGUACAUCACAAUGGAAGGCGUGACGUCCAUGACGAGCCACUGGAGCCGUCUCUACUUCAUGACCUUCUACAUCGUCACCAUGGUGGUGAUGACCAUCAUUGUGGCCUUCAUCCUGGAUGCUUUUGUCUUCCGCAUGAACUACAGCCGCAAGAACCGGGAAACACUGGAGAACCCAGAGGAUGAGAACGGAAUCGUGUUUGAGGUUGAAGUGAGCCGUGAAGAAGCUCUGUCCACUCUGGAGUUGUACAAGCAGACGUGUCCCGGGCAGCCGUCCCUCAGCUCUCUGGUGGGAGUCGUGCAAGCGAUGGGCCGCAGUGGGAGUGAACACUCAUCACUAUUAUACCAAGGGCGGCGAUCACGGACUAAGUGUGACCUCAGCAUGAAAAUGUAUGAAGAGGAGAUGCAGUGGGAAGCUGGUCAAGUGAUGCGAGGUGAGGACACAGUACAGUGGCUUCUCUCAGGACAAGCGGCACAUUUGCGAGGGACGGCGGCUCGGCAUGUAACCUUCCGGAAGGAGCCUGUUAAUCAUUCUCAUAGUGUGUAAUGUACAUAUGUGAUGCUGGAGGUCUUUUGUGACCAUGACUUAAACAAUGUUGCGGUGCUAUGGAAAGUGUCAAUUAUAACGAAGUCAUUUCUGCAACAUCUUAACAAUUGACGUUGGUGUACUAGCAACAGUUUUCCAAAGUGAAUCCCAGUAGCAAUAUCGUUGCGACGUGUCAAUGCAUUCAAAAUUCCUUAUUAAGUCGGAAUAAGUAUUGUAUAUUAACCAAAACCAAUGAAAAUGAUCCGUUUGUCUCUGUUUGUACUGUAUUAAAUUAUAUUGUAUUUCUGUAA